AUGGCUUCCUCCAGCAGUCUACUGUGUGAAGAUCAGCUACAUUGCCCCAUCUGUCUGGAUGUGUUCACUGAUCCAGUCACAACUCCAUGUGGACACAACUUCUGUAUGAUCUGUCUCGAAGAGUUCUGGGACAGCAGUUCACACUGUCAUUGUCCGGUGUGUAAAAUUAAUUUUGCCAAAAGACCGGAGUUAUGUGUGAAUAUGUUCAUCUCUACCCUUGAUGCUCCAUUUAAGAAGGCAGAUCAGGUGAAAUCCAGCAGCACUGCAGAAAAACCCACACAAUCUGUGGUGCUCUGUGAUGUCUGCUGUGAGACGAAAUGUGCAGCCGUGAAGUCCUGCCUCAUCUGUAUGACAUCUUACUGCAAGAUUCACUUGGAACGUCAUGAGAAUGUUUCUUCAUUAAAGAAACACAAACUGAUGGAUCCUGUGGAGAACCUGGAGGACUACACCUGCCUGAAACAUGAGAGACCACUGGAGCUGUUCUGUAAGGACGACCAAAUGUAUGUGUGUCGGUUCUGUACCAAGACAGACCACAACACUCAUAACACAGUUCCUAUAGAGGAGGAGAGUGGAGAGAAGAAGAUUGAGUUGGGAAAGACACAAAACGAAGUUCAGCAGAUGACCCAUGAGCGACUGAAGAAGCUUGAGGAAAUCAAAAACUCUGUAGAACUCAAUAAACUUAAGAAUGAGAAAGCAGACAUUGUGGAUAUCUUCAGUGCUCUGAAGUGCUGCAUUGAGAGAAGCCAGGCUGAGAUGUUUAAGGUGAUGGAGGAGAAGCAGGAAGCAGCAGAGAUGCAGGCUGAAGAGUUCGUUAAAGAGCUGGAGCAGGAAAUCACUGAGCUAAAGAGGAGAAACACUGAGCUGGAGCAGCUCUCAAACACUGAGGAUCACUUCCACUUCCUACAGAGUUAUCCGUCACUGUGCAGCCCUCCACACACCCAGGACUGGACUGACGUCAAAAUUAAGUCUCAUCUGAGUGUGGAGGCUCUGAGGAGAGCUCUUUCUCAACUUCAGGAAACUCUCAGUGAGAAAAUGGAGAAAGUUGAAGAGACUGAACUGAUGAGAAUUCAACAAUAUGCAGUGGAUGUGACUCUGGAUCCUGAUACAGCUCAUCCUAAACUCAUCCUGUCUGAUGAUGGGAAACAAGUGAAACAUGGAGACAAGAGACAGAAUCUCCCUGAUAACCCAGAGAGGUUUAAUUCUUGUCCUUGUGUGUUAGGAAAGGAGGGAUUCUCCUCAGGGAGAUUUUACUAUGAGGUGCAGGUCAGAGGGAAGACUAAGUGGGAUUUAGGAAUAGCCAGAGAGUCCAUUAACAGGAAAGGGCAAAUUACACCCAGCCCUAAAGAUGGGUACUGGUGUGUAUGGCUGAGGGAUGAGACUGAAUAUAAGGCUCUGGACUCUCCUCGUGUCUCCCUCUCCUUGAAACAGGCUCCUCAGAAGGUGGGGGUGUUUGUGGAUUAUGAGGAGGGUCUGAUCUCCUUCUAUGAUGUUGAUACAAAAUCUCAUAUCUACUCUUUCAUUGGUCAGAAUUUCACUGAGAAACUUUAUCCAUACUUCAGCCCCGGUCUCAAUGAUGAAGGUAAAAAUUCAGCACCACUGAUCAUCUGCCCUGUUAACCAAAUCUAAUCUGAGAUUUUAUUUUAUUUUAGUGUUUUAUCUUAUAUCACAUGGAGUUGGUCCAAGUUUUAAAGCCUCUUUCAUCUUGUCAGUUUAAAUAUUAUACAUUUUCCCUGCCUUUUUCCUGUGAAAAUAUUAUAUUGGGUAUAAUGGCAGGUCAUUCAUUUUGUUUCUGAAAUGUUCCAUUUAUUUAUUUAUUU